AUGGGAUACUCUUCGCCUAUAGGAGGGCAAUCAAGAAAGGUUGUCGACAGCUUGCUCUGGAUCCAUUCUGCGCCCUUUAGCAGGUUUCGUUUUGUCUCUUUCGGGGCAAGAAUGUCUGUUAUGAAAGCUUCAGCUGAUUCUAAGAAUUAUGUUGUUUUUGCUGCUAUCCCUUAUGACGAAGAAAUGAUUGGAAAGUUGACUAGUGUGAUUGGCGACUCUGAUUGGUUUAAGAACAUCACCCAUUUGAUCAUCCCUGAUACCGAGCACACAAUGGCCGUUCUUGGCUACAAAGAGCGUUUGCCAAAUGUGAAGAUAGUCGGAAUGGAAAGCUGUAAUGAAAAGAUUGAUCCAUUGAUUGACUUCAAGUUUGGCGCCCAGACUGCCAACAAGGCAUACGAUUCCGCCGAACAGCUCAAGGAUGUGUUCCCCAAAAUGGACGAAAAAGACUCCGAACUGUUCGACUCUUUUGGUUUCUGCUACAUUCCAGGUCAUCCAAAUAAGGAACUGACGGUGUUCCAAAAAUCAACCGGUUCUUUGGUGGUAGGAGACCUAUUAUUCAACAUGCAAUCCAGUGGGAAGAAGUUUCCUUUCACAGACUAUUCUCAGGAAGCAUACGGUGGUAAGGAUCCUACUGGAUUCAUCUCUAGUAAGCUUACUUAUAACGGGUUCUUGGUAAAAAAGCUGGCAGGUGCGACGCUGAGUGGCCCACAGGCCGCUGUGGGCAUUCAGGAAAUCUACAAGUGGAAUUUCAGCAGGAUAAUCAUGUGCCAUGGAGACUUGAUCGAGAGAUCUGCCAAGGAUAUUUUCAAAGAGAUAUUUGCCCCCGCUUUCUGA